AUGGCGGCCAGCAGCGCGCCCGUGCGCCAGCUGCGCCGCGGGCCCGCACCGAUCGCCUCCUUCGAUCACGACGUCUCUGACGAGGUGAGACCGCCCUCCAGUCCGGAGACGAAGCAAACAUUUCGACUACCGGAGAUUCGCGAGGAUUCCGCUAACGCCGCCCGCGGUGCGAACUCGGCGCUAGCACCCCCCGAGCAGCGCGCGCGCUCGCUAUCGACGCCGGCCGUAAGCUCGGGCCUACAGACGCCGGCCGCGCCGCGUAUCGACAUCUCGCGCGCCUCCAGCUCCAGCCACCACGACUCGCGCGACAGCUCCCCGGAGCUGGCGCUGUUCGCUGGCACUGGCAGCGAGGACACGCGUGGCCGCCUGGAGCUUGGUUUUCGUGAGGACGGCGCGCUAGAACUGCGCUCGUCCACUGAAGAACUGGCUUUCCUAGAAGGUGCGCCUGGCGAACCUCGCCCCGCCGCGCUACCGCAGCCCAACUCGCGUCGCCACUCACGCAAAGACAGUCAAGGAUCGGAAGCAGCACUUUUGGCCGUGUCUGGUCGCACUAGUCGGCUGUCUAGUGUCGGGUCGCAGUGUUCGGCGCACUCCGCACUCUCGGCCUUUAGUCAUCAAAGUCGACACUCAGUCGGCCGACUCUCGGUGGUUUCAGGAAUUUCACGAUCUCCAUCACCGCACAGGAUGUUACUGGAAACUUCGUUUUGUGGACCAAAACCUAUUGAAACCGAUCCAGAAAUCUGCGCAGCUGCUGUAGAAGAGCGUCUGUUGGAGAUUGCCAAGAUGACCGCGGUUUCGCCACCAGGUGUAGUGCCACACGUAAUUGACGCUCGAGAUCGACGCGAAGUGCGCACAGAAGCUACAGUGGAGCGGCCCGCCGCCCGUGCUCCGCCACCCUCCCCGCUACCCGCGCCCCCGCCGGCGACCAGUCAGUCUACUACAGACUCGGCAACAAUAGCGUCAGUAGUACCUGUCACAGCAAUAAUUACACCAGUUACAAGUUCUGCAAUAGUGACUAUUCCUGCUCCUACUUUAAUUUCUGCGCCAGAUGAUGAUAAACUUCAAAAGGAAUCACAAAAUCGUGCGAAAGCCCAAGAAAGACGAGCGCGACCUCGUGUGCGGCGUGAACCGUCUGAACCUGAAGUUUAUAAGAGCGCAAAUCGUUCAAAAAAUAUCAUUCGAAUUAAACUGAAACCUGACGAUGACUACGAGGAAGAAGAGGAUAAUGCAGCACCAGGAGCGGCAGCAAUCGAAGUAGAGAUAAACGCAGAAGCGGCUCAGAAGCCUGCCAGCUUGGAAUUGGCGGCGCGUGGGGAGCGCGCGGUGCGACCUACCGAGCUGGUGGGGCGUGGCGAGCAGCCGGCGCCCGCCUCGCCCACGCCGGGCUCCCGCCGUCUACCGCGCGACAGUCGCACUCCCUCCCCUGCUGGAGUUGCUGUCUCACGAAAGUCUUCCUUUUGCUCUUUGUUCAAAUCUCGUGAAACAAUCGCUUCGCCCGAUUCACCAUCAGACGCACUUCGUCGCAAAAGAAGUCUAACAGAAGGUCGUUCCCGAAGUAAAAGCCGCGAUCGUUCUGCGACCCCAACUUCUGCAGGAAAGAUAAGAGGAUCAGUGUUAUCGCUAUUUCGCACACCAAGGAAGAGUGCCGCGUCUCCUUCACCAAGUUCACGCGAAGGUUCUCCUAUAGUUCAGCCACAAAAACAGAUUACAACAGUUACGCCACAGUUUGCUGAGCGUGUUCGGCAAGGUGAUAAACUUAAGUACUACGAGGAUACAAAAGAUGGAAUCAUACACAUUCCAUUACGAACGCCACCUGAUGAACGGCCUGGUUCGAGUGGAGCGCGUCGUGACACAGACUGCACUAAGUCCACUGCUGAGGUUUUUACGCACCGAGAGCCACCUCGCCCGGCUUCUGCUCCACAGACUAGGCCCGUUACAGACCGUGAGUUUACACCGCAAAUUUCUCAAAAACCCACACAACGAACCGUUCUUCCUGAUGGUAGCAUCAUAAUACCUUUACGAUCACCUACGGAGCGAACUCCAAACGAACGUCUACCAAGUCCACCUGUUGUAGAUACAACAUCAACGGAAAUGACUCGCUCUUUUGGGGAGGAGCCGCAAUCGGUAGCGCCAAUUGAUAUUCCAGCUCCAACUACUCCUGCACUACCCCGGCAUUGUGAAGAUAGCGUGCCAAUGCCCACCGCCGAAGUUGACAAACUUGAGACCGCAUCGAAUACUGAAGACGGACGGAAACGACGCAAGGAACGGUUUGUGUUUACAACCCAUGUCGGUAGCCGAGAGCAAGUCUUUAGUACACAAUUCAGCAUAACAAAAACUCCCAGUGUGACAAGUGAGAUAUCAGGUUCCUUCCCAAGUUUCGUCGAUGGUGAAGAGAUGCGAACGACAACAGUGCGGGAUAUCACAACGACCGCCGAGAGCAGCCCGGCCGAGAAGGAAGUGCGAUAUUCGGGCAACACCUCGGGGGUCUGCACCGCAGCGGCACCCAGUCCGGCUUCGCCACAAGAACCAGUACGAGAUUCUUCCGAAUCCGAGCCCAGCUCGGAGUCUGCGCCGCCUCCUGUGGGAGACGAAGUGGAGAAGCGCGGGCUCGUGGUGCAGCAAUCGUUCGAAGAGGAGCUGCCCUACGUGCCAACCACGUUGCCGCAAGAGCGCUCCGUGGCACUGCCCAUGGUACCGGUGCGAGAGCGCGGCGGCGUGCUAGUGUCGGGUGUGUCACGGCCGCGCGCGGCGGGCCCCGGUGGGCCGGCCGGGCCGCGCGCGCCUACCGGGGCGGGCGCAGCCAGCGGUCCACGCGUGCCGCGGCCAGCGCCGCUGCCGACGCCGCCGGCGGCCGCGCAGGACAAGCUCCGCAUCCGUCUGCCGCGCCGCGCCGGAUCGUCCGCGCCUCCUGCUCGUCCAGACCGUCCCACUCGCUCGCGUACCCGUAGCGGGAGUGAAAGUUACGACUCGCGUCCGAAAACUGAGUGGAUAGACUUCGAGGAAGUGCCAGAGCGACGAAAACAGCCCAAACGUAUACAGACACUACCAGCUGCGGCGGCAGCAGGAGUCACCGAGGGCGCGGACGGCGCCGGCUCGGCGGACGGCGCGGCUGUCGUGUUCAGCUACGUGGAGCCCGAGCAGUGUCGCUGCGAGUGCCACGCGCACGCCGCGCGCGACGAGGACCAGCUGCCACUGCUGCACGACGACCUGCAGCCCCUGCGCGCCAGUUCGUCGUCGUUGGAGUGCGGCGAGGAGGAGGCGCACGUGCAGCUGCGGGUGCAGAUUGCUCCGUUCACCGCCGACCUCGACCUGCACCCCGACCAGCAUGCCGACGGGGAGGCGCGGUCCCACUGA